GAGGACAGCCCUGAGCUACACCGUGCACGACCGCACUUCCCAGUUUGUCGCCUGGCAGAUGGAGUGGAUUCCCCAUUCCCACCGGUUUCGCAUCAGCGAAACGAGGUCCAAGCACUCGGAAAUUCAAUCACCCAAUGACGAUGAGGAGAGACAGUGGAAUCGCGAUGGAGCUAGGAGGGGAAUAGAGGUCGAGUGAUACUUCGUUGAGCGGGUUGAUGACGACCACCAUGGAGGAGGCAGCAGCUUCAACUACUGAACUGUGCCAACAUCGACUCCCGCUGUCUGUAUUUUUGAAUGCAAUAGGAAUAGUCUGUCCAGGCAACAAAGAUGAGCAGAGUAACUCCUAGGAAUCACCUGAUACGGCUCCUUGAGUUUGGCAAGUUAAAGUAAAAGGAUGGUAUCUCUUCUGCAGUGGUCGGAUGUCCGUGCCUUGUGCACAGGAGAUCUGGCCCACUUCCCCAGAUUGUCCGAAGGAAUGAAAGGUUUCAUUUCAUUUUUCAUUUUUCCUCUUUUGUUACUUCUCCCCGGUCUCUGGCUUGAGUUGAACGAACCUAUGUAAUACAGAAGAGAAGAAUCAUCCACACCAUCACACAAAACGUAAGACCAGAAGUGUGAGGUAAAAAGAUCUGGCAAGGACGCGACUGGUCACAAUGCUCCCAGACGCAGGGAGCUUCAUUCCUCAAGAGGAAAGUGGCCUGCGGUGUCGCUGCCUGGGCUUCGGCCCAUCUCCGCACUGGUGAGUGACGAGACUGUGCUGGUCAGUAGCGUGGGGUGUGGCGUCCACCUGAGCCGGAGAAGUGUCUAUCCUGGCAUGCAAGUAAUGCAUACAUAAGACCGGACGGGGCAAUCAUCGUCGUAGGAUGGGUUUUGUCCGGCUUGGUACGUACCAGCGGACAGAGUGC